CAUAUGUAUUUGUAAUAAUAUAACUCAACUAAGAUUUCAAUAAGGUGAAUGAAAUCUACAAAACGUUGUUUUAAUUCUAUCGGAAGAACAUUUUUCACCCGGAAGUAUUCAACCUUAAGCUAACAAAACAGUGGGACGCGACGCGGCGCAUCAAUGGGUGUCACUUGUGUGUGCCAGGUACCUGUAGCAGAGGGGAAGAGUGUGCAGCAGACAGUGGACAUCCUGCACAAGAAGCUGGAGCAGCUUGGUGCUGUGAAGCAGGGCAGCUUCUGUGUAGACUGUGAGACCUACCAUGCAACAGGAAACGUUAGCGGUCAACCCUCUAAGCUCUUAUAUGUGAUGCACAACUCUGAAACUCCUUUGAGCUGCCUGGCUCUGUUUGAAGGCGGACCCUGCCUGAUAGCUGAUGCAAACUUUGAUGUUCUUAUGGUGAAGCUGAAAAGUCACUUCCAAAAUGCCAAGGGGCACAAAGUGGAGUGUCGUGGUUCCAGAUAUCGUUACUGUGACUUCUUGAUAAAAGUUGGAACUGUGACUAUGAGCUCCAGUGCCAGAGGGAUAUCGGUAGAGGUGGAGUACUGUCCCUGUGUGGUUCCAGGGGACUGCUGGAAUCUCAUGAGGGAGUUCAUGGCGUCCUUUCUGGGCUCCAAUGUCCCUGAACUGCCGUCUGUGUUUGCUGCCAAACCUGAAGGGCUCUUUGCCCAGGCAGACUGUGUUGACACCAUGACGCAGUACCUGGAGCUGUUCAACAAACUUCGGAAACUACAAAUGCCAGGAAGUAAUGUACGUUGAGCUGUUGGUAGCAAUUAACAAAGCCUUUUUUAAUGUUUGUGUUGAUGUCAUAAUAAAUCUGUUUUCAUUGAUCAGAAAAGAA